AUGAAGGUUGCAGUGUGUGCCAUUCUCCUGCUGAUUCUAUGUCAAGGGGAGGCACUGAAAUGUAACUACUGCUUCUCAAAGGAGAGUGACCUCUGCACCCCCACCAGCAUCCAGACCUGCUCAGGAGGAGCCAACGCCUGUGGUGCAGUCAUUCUCACAGGCCCUGUGACGUCUUCAUUUCGUCAAUGCAUGAACUUGGCGGUGUGUCAGGGCUUCAUCACAACACCGGGCGCGUUUGCAAUAUGCUGCACCACUGACCUCUGCAACUGAGCCGCCUCAUCAUAGCCUGUUGGCUCCACAUUGCUCUUACACUGCUGCCAUGCUAAUCAAAGUCUGAUUAGUAUGUUUUUUAAAAAGUAAAAAGAUAAAUGGCAUUUGUACACAGCCAUAAUUGUGUCAGGUGAAAUUUUAACCAGAGGAUCAGUACGGCUUAGUGACACUAGAUGGCACUAGAGCACUGUGCAAAGCAAUGUGCAUCCACUCCAGCCACCACUUCAUAUGUGUGUUUAAAAAGCACAUUAUUAAAAGACAAAUAAUAAAAUGGAGUGACAUUUUGAUAUAUCUGAGUUGUGAUG